UAUACUCCACCCAAAAUUCUCUCUUUUUCUUCUAACAUUCAAGAACAACAAAAACAAAAAUUUACACAACAAAAUUUUGGUUCCAUUCUUUGAAGAAAGAAAAUAAUUAAAAAUCCAUUUGUGCACAUUUUCACCUUGUUUAUUGAAUGAAAUAACAGAAGAGGCUUUGUGCAAAACAAACAAAAAAAGACAAUGGCGAAUCGCUUAAAAGAAGAUGAGAAAAAUGAAAGGUUAAUCCGUGGUCUUCUCAAACUUCCUGCAAAUCGUAGGUGUAUCAAUUGUAAUAGUCUGGGACCUCAAUAUGUGUGUACAAAUUUUUGGACAUUUGUUUGUACAACAUGUAGCGGGAUGCAUCGGGAGUUCACCCACCGUGUUAAAUCAGUAUCCAUGGCUAAAUUUAAUUCAGAGGAAGUCAAUGCUCUUAUGGGAGGUGGAAAUGAGCGCGCCAAGCAAAUUUAUUUCAAAGAGUGGGACCCACAUCGGCAUUCUCAGCCGGAGAACAGUAACAUCCGGAGGCUUCGUGAAUUUAUCAAGCAUGUUUACGUGGAUAGAAAAUAUAGUGGUGAAAAGAGUAUUGUAAUGGCUCCAAAGAAAAGACUGGACACUAAAUUAGAUUCUUUGGACAUUAGGGAUGCGUUAAAGAGUGGAUCUAGGACACCCGCAUAUGAGAACACAUUUGGACGUCAUUUUAUGAGAUCUGGUUCUGCUGGACAAAAUGAUGAAAGAACCAAAUACGGAUAUAACCAUGUUGGUGAAAGAAGAGAUUCAGGAUACUUGCGAGAAAUCCGGUCAAGUCCGAGGAGAAAUGUCACUAGAUUUGAGGUUGUAGACGACAGGGUUCGAGAAGAUAGAUUUGGAAAUAGAAGGAGAGCUGAAAUAGGCAAGCCCCCAAAUGACUCCAGGGAAAGAAACUCUCACAAAAGCCUUGAUAUGUCCAACCUUCCUGCGGUACGUUCAGUCAGAGAUAUUCUGGGAGAAGAUGUUCCACCUUUACGUGUCGAUGAAAGUCCAAAAGCAAACAGCGGCCAUAAGAAUCCUGGCUCUUCAGUGUUGCAGAAGACUCCUGCAACUACAAAUGGUGUUGGACCCAACAAUGUGAAACCAGUCGAGCAAAAAAUUGAGAGUUUAGGGAGCUUAAUCGACUUUGAUGUUGAUCCUAAACCUCCGGAUGCAGCUGCACAACCUACAAAUGCGCAACAUGGCCAGACUACCGCAACAUCAGUUCCAAAUCCGUCUGUCAAUGCUGAUAAUUGGGGUGCUUCUUUAGACUUUUGCAAUCAACCUGCACAAGAUUCUUCAAAAGAAAGCACACUUGAUAGUAUAUUCUCUCAAGUAUCAGCUCCCACAGCUGCACCUGUGCAGAACAUAAUGCAUUCUGCUGGUUCAGGAUUCAAUCCAUUAGUUGGCUGGAACCCAAACAAUCAGUCACCGAAUGUUUCACUUUCACAAAACGCACAAGGAACUCUUGCCAACGGUAAUGGAAAUCCAUCUCAUGGUGCUUUACAGUCCCAUCAACAUUCUCAGCUAUCUGAUAUGUCUCACCAAGGGCUUCCGUAUAAUCAAACCGCACAACAAUCUCAACCAUCUACUGAUAGAAGGGAACUUCCAUUGGAUCUUUUUGCUGCAACAUAUUCACCGGUUUCUGUACAGCCUCAUGUUUGGCAAACAGGCUCGUCCGGUAACCUGCCAUUUGGAAUGCAACAUUCUACAGCAGCAGCGCAUUUUCCCCAGCAAUCAAAAUCUGUGAAUCCAUUUGAUUUGAACACUGAGCCAACAACCUUGGUCCAUGCACCAUCGUUUCCAACUGUGGCACUACAAGGAGCAUUACCACAAAUUGAGGAUACUCCAGGGCUACUGCGUACCUCUAGUCUUGGACCUCCUGCACAUAAUUGGAUGGUUCCUCAAACUUCACCUUAUGGAGGAUAUGACCAUGUUCCAAGUAGAUACUCUCACCCUACAAAUUCAAAUUAUCAUGGAGGAAACCCAUUUGGGUAGAUACAAGAACUUGUGGUUGUUUUCAUGACCAUAUAGUAUAUAAAACUCAAUUUAUUGUACCUUGCGCAUUUGUUCAUUUUUUUGCCGGUUCAUUUACUUGUAUACCUAUAUUUGGGAUUAGUGUUCUAUUUUUAUUUUAUUUUCUUUAAAAAAAAGGGUUGGAAUCAGUGGUUUGACGUUUAUAUUGGCCAAAAAGAUGUAGAAUAUGAAAAAGGAAUUGGUUUGGUCUUGUGAUUAGAUUAUCUCAACUUGAAAGUUACUUGGGCAUACUUAAUCAUUUUUUGGAAGUUGAAAAA